AUGGCCGGCUCCAGCCGCUGCGAUCGAGAGCUCGGAGAGCCAUUGGGAACGUGAUCCGCCGCUCAGCCCUGUCUUUUAUGCCUACUGGCUGCCGUGCCUGUCCGUCACUCUUCUCACCGCCCGCACCCGUCUUCCUUCCUGGCGCUCAUUGGUCACAGCCUCUCGCCUGCCCCGCCCCGGAGUGCGCGGCGCGGUGACAACCAGAAGGGGCCUGGGAGUGGCGUCCAGCGCUCGUCAGCCCCACGGGUAGACACGGACCGCAGGGCAGCAGCCUCCCGCCCGCCCAAGCCUUUAGGGCGACGGGACCGCGCCUGCCUUCUAGUCUUGGCCAGCGCGUCCGUCCCUGACACUGCCCCGGCGUACAAGCCUGCAGGCCCAGCCUCGCCCACCCGUGUCCGGAGACUCUUGGACCGUGUAUAUCCUGAGCAAAGCCGGAGGAGGGUUGGAUUCGCCAAUCCUUCUCCCUGUCCCCGGCUCGGCUUCAACCCGCUGGCCGACCCCGGACCCCCCGGCUCGCAGCCUCGGUUUCCGGCCGGCGCAGGCGCUCUGCGGCCCCAGCCCACGGAAGCGGACUCGGAGGGCCAAGACACUGCCGGACCGGAGAUGGCGCCGCCGGCGGGUGGAGCGGUGGCGGCCUCGGACCCGGGCUCCGCUGCCGUGCUGCUGGCUGUGCACGCCGCCGUGAGGCCCCUGGCAGCGGGGCCGAACGCCGAAGCGCAGCUGCGGAGGCUGCAGCUGAGCGCGGACCCCGAGCGGCCCGGGCGCUUCCGGCUGGAGAUCCUAGGCGCGGGGCCCGGGGCGGUCAGUUUGGAGUGGCCCUUGGAGUCAGUCUCCUACACCGUCCGAAAUCCCAACCAGCAUGAGCUGCAGCCUCCACCAGGAGGGCCUGGGACCCUAAGCCUGCAUUUCCUCAACCCUCAGGAAGCUCAGCGGUGGGCAGCCCUGGUUCAAGGUGCCACCGUGGAGGGACAGAAUGGUAGUGACAGCCUGCCUCCAGCCCUGGGCCCAGAAAUGUGCCCUGUUUCCCCAUCCAGUCUCCCUGAAGUGCACACAGCCAAGGCCCCCCAAACCAAGGUGGAUGUUUCCUCGAGUCCUGGACACUUGGAGAAUGAAGAGCUGGCAGGGCGCCUGGCCCGGGCCAUUGAGGGUGGGGAUAAGAAAGGGGCAGCUCAAGCAGCCGCCAUUCUGGCCCAACAUCAUGUGGCCCUCAGUGUCCAGCUCCAGGAGAGCUGCUUCCCUCCAGGCCCCAUUAGGCUACAGGUCACAGUUGAAGACGCUGCAUCCUCUGCCCACGUUUCGCUGCAGGUCUACCCCCACUGCACCAUCUCGGCCCUCCAGGAGCAGGUAUUCUCAGAGUUUGGCUUCCCACCAGCUGUGCAGCGCUGGGUCAUUGGGAAGUGCCUGUGUGUGCCUGAACGCAGCCUUGCUUCCUAUGGGGUCUGGCAGGAUAGGGACCCUGCUUUCCUCUACCUGCUUUCAGCCCCUCGAGAAGCCUCAGGACACAGUUCUCAGUGCCCACAGAAGAUGGAUGGGGAACUAGGCCUCCUAUUUCCUCAGUCAUUGGGGCUGCCCCGAGCCCCUCAGCCAGCCAGCUCCAGCCUCCCCAGCCCCCUUCAGCCCAGCUGGUCCUGCCCUUCCUGCACCUUCAUCAAUGCCCCAAGCCGGCCUGGCUGUGAGAUGUGUAGCACCCAGAGACCCUGCGCUUGGGACCCCCUUCCUGCAGCCUCUACCCAGCAGUCACCAAUGGUCACAAGGAGAGAGCAUGGCCCUUCCCUUCCGGGCCCAAGGUCCCUGGAUGCCCUCCUAAACCCCCCAGGGGACCUCCACUGACUGCUCUCUGAGGACAGAGCAAGAGUUGGGGGAGAGAGGCAUGAGCCAGAGUCAUUAAAGAUACUUCUGAGCC